AAAACCCGGGUAGUUGAGCAUUCAACAACUGCCGUCAAUACUAACCACCCAAAUCCCCAGAAAAAGUUUCGCAUUUAAUAAGGAGAAAAACCAAGAAAUCUUUUCCUGCCUUCAUGUUCUUGUGAGUGAGAACACCAGACACAAAUUCGUGUCGGUGAGAAAAACUUGAGGCAGAGAUUCAAGAGAAUGGAGAGUGUUUUGAGCCCUGAACCAUCACAGAAGUCACCUUUGGAUUCCAGUUCCAAACAAGUCACAACCAUUGAAGAACUGAAAGACAGCACCGAUGCCGAACUCACCAAAAUUCGUCUCAUGCGGGCCUUUGUUGAAGCUCGAGAUCCCUCUUCCAAGGAAGUGGAUGAUUUGAUGAUUAGAAGAUUCUUGCGGGCUCGUAAUUUAGAUGUGGAGAAGGCUUCGGCAAUGUUCCUGAAGUAUUUGAAGUGGAAACGUUCGAUUAUGCCCAAUGGUUAUAUAUCGCCAUCAGAGAUUGCCGAAGAUAUUGCACAUGAGAAGGUGUUUGUUCAAGGGCUCGACAAGAAGGGUCGACCUAUAGUUGUUGCCUUUGCUGCAAAACAUUUUCAAAGCAAAAAUGGUGCCGAUGGAUUUAAACGUUAUGUAGCAUUUGCUCUUGAGAAGCUAUGUUCAAGGAUGCCGCCGGGGCAAGAAAAGUUUCUUAGCAUUGCAGACAUUGAAGGAUGGGGAUAUGCAAACAGUGACCUUCGUGGAUACCUUAAUGCUCUAUCCACUUUGCAGGAUUGCUACCCUGAAAGAUUAGGAAAGAUGUUUAUUGUACACGCACCAUAUUUGUUUAUGAAAAUUUGGAAAAUGAUUUACCCUUUCAUUGAUGACAACACCAAGAAAAAGAUAGUAUUCGUGGAGAACAAAAAACUGAAAUCAACAUUACUAGAAGAGAUAGAAGAGAGUCAACUCCCAGAUAUAUACGGAGGCCAAAUGCCGUUAGUUCCUAUCCAGGAUAGCUGAUUAAAUUAUACUUUUUAACGUUUCUUUUGUCAUUUUAAUCUCUCCAAAUAAUUUCGACACCAUAAGUUAAAUACAUUUAUAUAGUUCUCUAGUUCAUUAUAUCAGCUUAUAAGAGGCUAUUUUACAAAAA